AUGAAUAUGAACGACCUUCGAUCCAGCCAGUCUUCCUACGGGGAUCCCAGAUACCUCUCUCAGGCCUCCUUUGGGGCUCCUCCGCCGCCUCCAGCCAAGGCACUCAUAAAUGGCUACCGCGAUGAUCUGGACUCUCAAGAUGGAGGGAAAGGGCGUUACAACCCGCUAAACGCUGCGCAUCCACGAAGUUCGGCCUUGCUCAACGCCAAUGACCCAGUGACCAUGUAUCUCCUGACCGAAACCGCCAUGGGUGACAGUGUGAACUAUGAGAUUCUCUCUUUGGAGGAAGUGGAGGAACUGAAGAAAGAGUACACAUUUCUGUCCGGUCGCGUGGAAUCCACUAGACGGAAAUUAGCGUUGGAAACGAAACUCCGCGAUGCCGCCAAGUCGCUCAACAGAUUGUAUACUCCUCAAAGCCCCCGGACAAGUGAAGAAUUCGACGGUGCAGGCUCGCCCAAAUCUCGCCGCAGUAGCCGCAGGAGUUUGUUCGGACACAAUAAAAACAACGGCACCGCUGAUAAGACGGAUGAGGAGCUGGCCGUGAGCGUUCGCAAAUGCGAGGACCUUUCCCUGGAGCUUUGGAAGUUGGAGCGCAGGGUACAGAAUAUACAGCGGAGAUUAUUGGAACACACCGCUGGUGUCCUGCAGAUGACCCACAAGGGUUUGAAGAAAAACCCGAAAAGCAAUGGCUUGGAGUAUGAAGAUAACGUAAAUGGCAAUGGCCACACGCAUGAAUUCGACGAUCGGAGUUUAUACAAGACGACAGACCAUUUCGACGAAUUUGGUGGACUUGGUAAGGGAGGAUUGGACCACCACAAUGGUUCGGGGUCCAUGGCUGUUGGCGUCGAGGCCAUUCAGAACACCGAGAGGAAAUUGGAAGCUUUGAGUGAACGCAUGCGUGAUAUGAUCUUACAGGCCAACCCCGACGAUGAAUUUGAGCCUAUCCCUCAGCCAUCUACCAAUGGAGGACCAAUCAACCCUACCGCAACAGUUGAGGCGUAUCUAGCAUAUAUUGAAAAUGGUAUGGGCAUGCUACGCUCGAAUCCAAUUGCAAAUCCAACGAGUGCCUCUCGCGAGAUCGAGUCCGAUGAAGGCACCACACAACAUGUUGGAGAGGUCAACGCUCGACUGCAUUAUAUUGUGGGCCAGUCUGGGCUCUCUCGCGGGCCCACGCUUCCUCCCCCGCCUGACUCGUCUAAGAGCGGCCUGCAGGAACAACUCUCAUACCUCACUGCUGGUGUUGAUGGUCUUCAAAGUCGUGUUGAAGGGUUGCUUGAGCAAAAGAGUAUUUUGACUACUCAAAUCCAACAACAGCGAGAGCUCAAUUCCAAGUCUGAUGCCGAAAGAGAUGCCCACAUCGCCGAUUUGGUCGAACAGUUAGCCCACGCCCGAAAGCAAUUUGAACUCUCCGAACGCGAGGGUCAGAGCUCUAGAGAUGAGUUAUCUUUGGUGAUGGAGCAACUGGACGCAGUGCGCCAGGAAUUGGCUCAUCACCAACAAGAAGCCAGCACAGAGACCACUAGAAAUAUUGGCAAAGACGAUGAUGCUGAGGCUUUGGCAUCUGAGAAAGAAUCUCGUGCACGGGCAGAGGCAGAAGUUGCACGUUUGGGUGCUGCCAUGGAAAAACUCCAGCUUGAGAUUAAUGGACAUGCUGAAUCCCACGAGCAUCGGGAACGAGCAGAGGCCGAGGUUCUACGCUUGGAGGCUGCGAUCCAGCAACUCCAUACUGAGAAGGAAGGCCAUUCCGAAAUACACGAAGCACGAGUGCGAGCAGAAUCUGAAGUUUCGCGCUUGGAGGCCGCCAUGGCACAACUUCAAGCCGAGGUGGCUGGACACGCUGAAGUGCACGAAGCUCGUACGCGGGCAGAUGCAGAGGUUACUCGUUUGGAAGCCACCGUGCAACAACUCCAGGCGGAGAUUGAUGGACAUGCUGGAUCACGCGAACAUCGUGAGCGAGCAGAGGCGGAGGUCCUACGUCUGGAGGCUGCAGUCCAACAACUCCAUGCCGAGAAGGAAGGACACGCGGAGGUGCUCGAAGCACGGGAGCGGGCAGAAAAUGAGGUCAAGCGCCUGCAAUCCCACAUUGAAGAGCUUCGCUCGGGUACCGACAAGCAUUCCGAUGAAGUUGCUGCGGCCCGCGCUGAGGCAAAUAGCGAAAUUGCACGCCUACAGAGUGUCAUUGAUCAACUGAAUGGUGACGCCAAUGCCAGAGCAGAGGAAGUUACCGAGACCCAAGAACGCACAGAACAGCAAAUCUCGCAACUCGAGGAAACCAUAAAUCAAAUCCGCAUUGAAUCUGACACUCGGGUGAAAGAAGCUGCCGAUGUGCGGGCUCAUUCCGAGGGUGAAGUUUCUCGGCUGGAAGCUGCCAUGGAACAGCUCCGUAUUGAUGUCGAGGCUCAAGUCAAGGAGGCGACCGAGGGACGCGCCCAAGCCGAGGAGAACGCUGCUCGCUUGCAGGCCGAAUUGACUGAGAUCGAAGGAGAAGUGGUGAGAGUUUCAACAGAGCUCACAAUGGCCAGAGCAGAGCUCGAUGGGGCUUACGGUAGCCGAUCUCAACGGGCCGCAGUGGCUUCCAACCCUGCCAUCCAGAGAGAACUCGACGCUCUUAACACCAGGAACAUUGAGCUUGCAGAGGAGCUUGCAGCUCUCAAGGCCAGAAAGCCUGGUAACAAUGACCUGCAACAUCGCGCACAGACGCUGGAGAAGGAGCUCCGAGAAACGAUUGAUGACUAUGAAUCCAUGACAAAAUCCAGCAUUGAGUUCGAGAAAGAACGUGAAGGAUUUGAAGUAAUCAUUGAUGGGCUCCGUGACCGCUGUGAACAGUUGGAGACCCAGAUCAAUGAGGAACGCAUCAACUGGAUGGGACUCCAUAGCCCGACCUCAAUGGGCCGUGAUGGCACAACAUCCGAGACCACGUCCACAAUGGUGCUGAAGAACGAAUUCAAGAAGAUGAUGCGUGAUACCCGCAUGGAAAACAUGAAGAUUCUCAAGGCGGAACACGAGGAACGCCGACGACUUGAAAACUUGAUCCGCAACAUGAAAAGAGAGCAGGCUAAUAACGCCCCUAAUGGGACGUCCAACCAGGGCGUCACGGCUUUAUGA